CGCCUCCAUCCAUCCUCCACGCAAAAACCCUAGCAAAUCCCCCCUCCUCGAUCGGAAGGGGAGCACCACCCAUGGCGACGGCGAGGCUCCGAUCCGCGUCCUCUCUCCGCGGGAUCCUCCUCCGCCACUGCUCCGUCGGACCCGUCUCGCACCCGCAAGCCGUAUCCCGCGUCUCAGAUCUUCAGGCUCCUGGAUGUAUUGCAUGGAGGCAUUUCUCAACCUGCAAAUCUAAUGCUCUUGCAAAAGUUGAUGGCUUGGGCUCAGUCUCUUGUUUCUACAGUCAAGCAAGAUGGGCUUCUCAAGCUGCUGCUGUUAAAGAAACUGAAACCAGUGGCAGCAAGAUAAGCAUUGGUCCCAAAGCCAAGAAGAACAUAGAGGAUGACAAAGAUGAAGGACUAGUUUACCAAGGACCUAUAUCAUCAACCAUAAAGAAAGUGAAGCUUCUUUCUCUAUCCACCUGCUGUCUCUCUGUGUCCCUCGGCCCUGUGAUAACAUUCAUGACUUCCCCUGAUAUGAAUGUAAUCCUCAAGGGAGCUGUUGCAUCCACAGUCAUUUUCCUCAGUGCUACCACAACUGCGGCCUUGCACUGGUUCGUGAGCCCCUACAUUCACAAGCUCAGGUGGCGACCGGGUUCAGACAGCUUUGAGGCAGAGACGAUGACAUGGCUGGCUACACCCCUCACAAGGACAGUUAAGUUUGCCGAUGUCAGGCCUCCAGAGACUAACAGACCUUUUGUCACCUUUAAGGCUGACGGGAAUUUCUAUUUUGUUGAUGCUGAGCACUUCUCAAACAAGGCUCUGUUGGCAAGGCUUACCCCCAAGAAGCAUUCCCAUGAGUCUGCAUUCAAGAACUUGUGAUUGAAGGUUGUCCAAUGACCUCAUGGCUGCACUUGUAUUCGUGAACAUUUGUUGGCAGUUUAAAUUUUUAUGUGAUACUUCCCUGCUAAUACUUCCAGAAGAAGUGGUACAUGCUAUUAGUGUUCCUUUUCAAUCAGUGUGCAAAUCAGCAAAUGCUGGUAUCAGACGAUUUUAGUUGCAAGACACUGAGAUGAGAUGCUCAGACUGUUCAUAAUAAGUAGCGGCUGCUUUUUCUUA